AUGAGCACAUUGAGAGCGUCAUUGAUCAUUGUCGAUGUUGACCGUAUGCAACAGGAUAUGCAAGAUGUACUCGUGCCUAUUGCUGUAUUCUCGAAGAUUGACGCAGGCCAGAAUCCACAAAUUUACAGUAGGGAGUGUAUGGAGCGCGCUAUUGCACACAACGAAGCGGUUCGUGGGAAGCUCGAGAGCUUGCGCCGUUUUCGUUGUCUGUUAAUGUUGGAACUUUCGAAAAGAUUCCCAGGAGAGAUGGCAAAGUAUAGGUCGAUGCGCGAUGACCCUGAACCACCCCAGCAAUCUACCCCGACCAACUCAAACGAAAACCUUCAAGCAGGGGGGUCGAGUUCGGAUAACGGACUUGAACCGAUACAACCUCCUGUUCGAUAA